CUCUGAGUGGGGAGUGGGCUCUGGCUCUGAUUUGCUUCUGAAGGGACUGCAGCCAAUUUCUGGCACAAAUCCUGGCACAAAUCCAUGGCCCUGCUGCCACAGUGGAACACCUCUUGCAGGGAUCACACAAGCAGAGGGGCUGCUUCCCUGAAGUAAGCCCUGCCUGCAGUGACACUCCAUCGUCAUUCCUCCUUUCUGUCCCCACAGGCCCAGCGCCCAUGGCGAAGGAUGGGCAUGAAGCCCCCAGCCCCAGCAGCUGUCGGGGUGCUGCUGGCCCUGGCCCUGCUGGCUCUCCUCCACCUGCCCCCAGCCCCGGAGCACUCCCUGCUCCCGCUGCCGGCCUCGUCCCCCCCAGGGCCCCCGAGGGAGGCGGCUGCCCCUGUGUCUGCAGGACAAGCCCACAGGAGAAGGCUCCCCAUGCCCCGCGCUCACCCGCAGCAGGAGCAGGCCCCUGGCCGGGGCAGGAGGCACAGGGGGCUGGAGAGGGACACUCCCCCUUGGCUCUCUGCUGACGACCUCCAGAAGAUGUGGCUGCUGUCCAGCGGGCAGGUGGUCUCCAAAAGCCGUGUCCCUGCCCACGGGCAAAUCCUGCGGGUGAGGCUGCGUGCCGUGGGGGACGCCAAGGGAGACGCCAAGGAGGAUGUCUUGGCAGCCAGCCCGGAAGGAGACUGCCAGGAUGGGCGCUGUGGGCUCAUCAAGCGCCCUGGGGACCUGUACGAGGUGCUGGCCUUCCACCUGGACAGGGUGCUGGGGCUGAACCGCAGCCUGCCCGCCGUGGCCCGGCGCUUCAGCAGCCGCCUCCUGCCCUACAGCUACACUGACGGCGCCCUGCGCCCCGUCAUCUGGUGGGCUCCUGACCUCCAGCACCUGGAGGAUGCCAACAAUGACCAGAACUCCUGUGCCCUCGGGUGGCUGCAGUACCAGGAGAUGCUGCAGCCCCACAGACCGAUGCAGGUGGCCAGGGAUGCUCCCUGCUCCAGCAUCCCACACAGCGAGUGGAGCCGCCUGGCCCUCUUUGACUUUCUUCUCCAGGUUCAUGACCGCCUGGACCGCUACUGCUGUGGGUUUCAGCCUGAUCCCUCUGAGCCCUGCGUGGAGGAGAUGCUCCACGAGAAGUGCCGGAAUCCAGCAGAGCUGGUCCUGGUCCACAUCCUGGUCCGGAGGAGCGCGCCGUCCCGCCUGGUGUUCAUCGACAACGCGGGCAGGCCACAGCACCCUGAGGAGAAGCUCAACUUCAGGCUCCUGCAAGGCAUAGACAGCUUCCCAGCGGCGGCGGUGGCCACGCUGCGCUCAGGCAGAUUGCAGAGCCUGCUGCUGCAAUCCCUGCGCCUGGACCGGGAGCUCUGGGAGAGCCAGGGGGGCGCCGAGGGGCUGAGACCCCUGCUCCAGACCAUUGACAGGAGGGCACAAAUCCUGCUCCGCCACAUCCAGGAGCACAACCUGACGGUGUUUGGGGACUCGCCACGCUGAACCGACCUCCGGCUGCAUCAAAGUGCACAUCCCAGCAGCCGUGGAUGUACCUCAUGGACCUUGUGAGGCUCCGUGCUGGUGCUGGGCUCUCCACAAGGUGUUUCCCCCUCACCUUGUAGGAUGACCUGGAGUAGCAGAUGGAACCACAGGGAGUAGGAAGGACGGGGAGGAGAUGUCUCCUAAGACAAGCCACAGCUGCUUGAGAAAAGCAACAGUCAUCAAGUUAUGGUCUCAGCACGGAUUUUCAAAGGGAGGGCACAUCCGUGAGGUUUUUUGGGUGCCUUUAAUCACACGCACACAAACACACGCAGAGCAACUGUAGAAACUGGAGUUCAACUGGACAGUUGAACAGCUCACAGGGACUCUGGAAAGAGUUAAAGAAACAGUGGAAGAAGUCACUGGCAGCCUUUCCAUAGCUUUUUGAUGAUGCCUUCACUAUUUCCAAAACAUGCCAGACAGAGAGGCAGGGGGAAAGCAGUGGGGAGCUUUCUAUGUGGACUAAACAAAGACAAGACACUAGAGCUGAGCUCUGCCUUUCCCCCUGCAGAAGAGGUGAUGUGUGCCUGCGAGUGAGCGUGAGCCACUGCCUGAAGCUGAGACUAGGCAGGACCUUGAAGCUCAGCAGCACGGGGCAGCAGCUGCCCUCACAAAGCCCAUGGUACCAUCCCCAGUGAGAACCAGGUGCUGUGUGCCAUGUGCCAUGGUCCAUGCAUGUGCCUUGGUGGGUCUGGGCUCUGACAAUGCUCUCAAUGUCAGAUUUGAAGAUUUAAAUUUCUCGUUUGCUCUUUGCCUUCACUGUCAGGGGAUUAAAGGCAAAACUACCCCACUUCUGAAAAGCACUCCUGGCUGCUCUCCUGGGUAUGACUGCAUGUAACUCUUCCCCAGGCUUGCAGAAAUAUGUUUUAACAAAAAUGCCAAGCUAUUUUAGCAGAAGGUAGUCGAGUGUAAAAUGCUUCCUGAGCAUGCUGGCACCUCCGGCGGAGCCCAUCCUGUUCCUGUCACCCCUCAGGCUCUUUCCCAGCAGCCCAUGCUGAUGAAGCACAGCAGCAUCCCAGCUAGGCAGGUCCUCAAGUGUCUGGGCAGAGAGAUAAUUCAAAAUCAGAAUGAACAGGAGGAAGAGAUGCAGGGAUGGGCUCAAUCAUUGCCUGCAGUGUGCUUCCCAGCUGAGGCAUGCAGUCCGUGUUUGCUUGGAGCAGUCAGUUCCUGGCCUGUGGGUUUAUGAUUUGCCACCAGAAGACUUUUUAAAGGCCUCCAUUUCUCCAGUGUUACAGGCAGAGCAUCCAUUGCUUCAGGCACUCCAACUCCAGUUCAAGCCUUUGGAAAGUCUUAGUGAGACUGGCAUUGGCACCCAGCUGCACCACGGUACAGCUGCCCCAUUGCAAUAGCUUUGGAGAGCACAGCCACCCAUGCAGUGGGAGAGGAAAAGCUGGGUAUGGAUACCUUCCUGCUCCAUCCUGCUCAGCACUAUGUCUGUUUGAGAGCCUGCAAGGGGCUGCUCUAACAUCCAUGCUGAUAAGCACAGACAAUUACUUUUUCUCCCCUUUUCCCUCUUGCUGAGGAGAGGGUGAAGCGAGACGUGGGUGACAUGAAUCAACAAGCAGGCACAAGUGCUCUCAGGAAGCAUCAGCACUCAGCAUCACAGGCACAGCAGCAUCCAAAGUGCCAUCAGCUUGUUCCUGGAGUCCUGCCCUCCAAUUAGCCAGGGAGGGCCUUUCCCCCAGCACUCUCUCCACCCCAUGAAUUAUCACCCUAUUUGCUGUGCCAUGAGAUGGAUGACGGUCAUGGAAACCCUGCUAAAGCCUGAAUCAUGAGGAUUUAUUACUGGGAGGUGAGCUUAGCUUGUGAGCUUGAAAGAGAACGAAAUAACUCAUCCUGGGUUCUAUGAAAAGCCAUACCCAGGCAUGGCUGUGUAGGAGUAAAGGAUACUAAAUGCAACAAAAUUAAAUCCAAAAAAUAUUCUGAGAGAAACCAUGAGCAUUAGUUAUGAUGUACAGCAUAAGUCAGAGUCUUGCUUUAUCUCACUGAAGUGAGAAAUUUCUUCAAAGGAGAGGUUUUCAUCCCAUGUGAGCCAAGUUCUCAGCGAGAAUGAAGAGACAGGUGGGGCUCUGCACAGUGGCCAAAGCUGUGGACAUUGCUGAGCUGGACCAGAGCUUUUGCCUUGCCUCUGGUUGCAUCUGCUCUACCUUAACAUUGCCCAAGGCAGUGGGGUUUUUUUGCAUUUCUUUAGCUGUAAUGUGAGUUUGCUGGCUAAACACAUGUGGGAACAUCUGUAAGCAGUUAUACAUGUGAAUAAAAAUCCCUCGUGAUUUAGCAAAGAGCCAUGUAUGGAUAAAUGAGAGCAGCAAAAGCCAAGAUCUUGCUGAGACUGAUCAUUAAUCUUCUUUAAUUAGUCCAUUUUUUCCAUGGGCUUGCCUAUGUAACCAGCACAGGCUCUGAACUGCAGCCAUGGUUGUUCAGAGGGAUCCUGUGUCCUGCUUGCAUCAGCCUUUACCCUGUCGUGUUGGGUUCAGUUUGCUCUAGCUAUCAGCGUGUCAUAUUUCCUAUGACAAACUUACUGUUAUGGUUGUGACUACUUUAUAGAUGGAAAUAUUCCUGUGGGGCCAUGCUUGACAAACUAGAUUUCAUCUGAGCAGGGACGCUGUUUUACUGAAUUUUACUGCACGUCAUCACAGAUCGUGUUGGGGUGGGGGUCACAAAAAAAGGUGGAUGCAGGAUGGCUUUGUCUUUAAGAAGGCAGCAGCAGCUAAGGGAAAAGCCAGUGGAGAGACAAGAGCAGGGGGGAUCCCUGUGGCACCCUGCUGCUCACCCGUGGCACCUUGGAAUGUGCUCCAAGAACAGCAUUUGGGAGCACGGGCACGGACCUCCACAGAGCUCCAGCGAGAGGGAACUGCUUCAUUCCACAGUGAUCCAAGUGACACAAUCCGUGUUUCACAGCUCUCUGGCUGUGCACAACCUCUCAGCUGGCAGAAAAUAGGGCUGGGGGUGGGCAGGCAGGACCACAUUGGCUCCAGCCCGCCGAGCACACGCACCCACACGCGCAAACACGCAUCGUGUCGCUGCUCCUCUUCAGCCUGAUCUUGGCCCCCAGAGCUGGUGAUCCCUGACCCCCCCAGCAGCCUGAUCCAGGGCUUUGCUGGCCUCACCCUCUGUAAACUAAAUGCCCGUUUGCUGCACUUAAGGGCCAUUUCUUGAGCUGGACACAGGACACUAAGUAGCCUUUUCUGCAGCCCCAUAUGGACCUCGCAGAGCAGCCCCAGCACUCACUGAACCCACCCAGCGGCCAGGGUGACACCAGUGGGGUGGCACUUGGGGGUGAGGUGAUGAGCCACCCUUGUGCUUCCUUCCCCUUAAGGGUGGGUUGUCACAGGUGGCACCCAGAGACCCCACAGGGUGCUCUGCUAAACCCACCCGAGCAUCCCCGUGCUGCACGGGGGAAGCGUGGGCUCACUGCUGCCUGAAAGGCACGAGCUAGCAAGUAAAUCCAAAUUCAUUGUUAAAUCUCUGUAUAUAAAAAUAAUCUGGCUUUUAGAAAGCAAUUUAUUUAUUCUUUCAGUACUUACUUAAAUAUUUAUGUGAAAAAGGGGGGAAAAAGCCUGCUCUGACAUAGGAUUAUUGUUGUAGCAACGGUCUUUGAGAUUAAUGGAAGUAAAUUAGCCUGAUGUUUUAUUUACAUCCAGAAAAGCAAUAGAUAAACUCUCCUUGUGAUGGAUUUUCUUCAUUAGCUGGGCGAACGCCUAAGGUACAGCUCUUGACAUUGUUUCUUCCAUGCGGUUAGACAAACAGUUUAUCAAAAGAGUAUAAAAUUGUCAGGAAAAGAAGCAGAUUAAUGGCCAGUAAAGUGAAGAUCAUUAAAUUUAUUAUAUAAGUAGCAGUAUCACUGGAGCUCAAGAAAUGGCUUAUUAGAUAAGCACCAUGUACACACACAGGGAAGUGCUGAGCCCCCCCGGAUCUGCCGCAUUGUCGGCAGCUGCUUCCCAAAUCCCAGUGGGAUGGUGUCCACACUGAAGCUUCACCUCCCUCCUCCUCCCCUCCCUUUAGGUUUGGGUUUAUUCUGUAACUCAUACAAUUUCCUCUCAAUUAAAACCCCUUAAGAUUUCAGAAACGAUAACUUUUUCUUCACGUCUGUGCCGAUGCAACCAUUUCUGCAACUUAUUUUGGCUGCUUUUUACACCAGGGAUAAUCAUGCCAAUAUCAGCAACAAUGAUGUACAGGUCUUAUGAUUAUUUGCAAAAAAUCCCCCAGCAUUAGCAGCUUAUGGAUCCCAUAUGGCUCCUGCAGCAAUUACUGCUGAAAGGAUAAUUACCUGCCAGAUAAGGCAAAUGGAAGAAAGGAGACAGGGAACCUGGGAGAAACUAAACAUUCCUGGGGAUGGAAGAGGGGCUGUGUUUGUGGGUUCCUGAGGUCUCUGCCCUGCCAGACAUGGGCUCAGGUUUUCAAGCUUCAGAAGGGGGAUUUUGGGUACAGUGACAGCUAAAAACCAUGAGUUUAACUGGUGCCAUGAGUCGUGGUGUCCGAGGGCUGUCUCCAGCAGGUGGCAUUGGCUCCACAGGCUGUCUUUUCCCAGGGCUUGCCAAGAGCGUCUUAAAAGUCUCAUCCCUGGACUGGCAGAUUUCAAGCUGCUAAAGCAUCAUUAAGUCCCUAAUUCCUUUGCAGCCUAAUCUGCCCAGCUGUUCUUUAUAUCUCUUCACCAGCAUCACUUUCCCCACCCCCCCUUCCCAUUUCUCUCUUUCCCACAAAAAUCUAGAUUUAUGGAAGCAGAGUGUUGCUCCAUGUUGAGAGCAAGACAGAGCAAGCAGCUGCUUGAAGAAGGAAAUGCCACAGCACCAGGGCUCUUCCCACCCUACUGUGGACCUAAAUGUGGACCCAGGUGCACAGCAGCCACAGGAUUUUUGGAUUGAAGAUCUCAAAUGGUGGUCAAGUCCAGGAGUUUUUCCCUAGAGCUGUUUUGGAUAGCUGCUGCUUUGGUAGGAUUGUCUCUGUUCCAGAGAACUCAUAAAGUUCAGGACAUUUUGAAUGGGCCAGCUCUCUCUGGGAUGGAUUUUAAAAGGAUACAUCUCCUAGAGCUGUGUGCAUCCAAGUGGCAGAUAACACAAAUCCAACCAUGCUUUGAAAUCCUCUGGUUUGUAAGCAAGGCAAGCCACAGAUGGGAACAGCCUCUCCCAAAGAGGAGUAGUUUUCCACCGCCAGAUUAUCACCAUGGGGUUCUUGGGAAUUUCUCUGGGUUUUCACUUCACUCCUGACUGCAAGACCUGCCUCACAUUUCCUCCUCUUCUGAGAUGAGCCAGUUUUUAUUCCCAGGGGCCACAUCCAGCAUCACUAGAGAUGCUGACUCCAUGGCAUUGCUGGGCAGGCUCUCUGCUUGAGUAGGUAUGGUACCACCUCUUCCAGUCCUGCUUUUUGAGUGAAUUUUGCUCCCUUGGAUUUAAUUUUUGGCCAUGUCUAAGCAGGGAUGUAGUUUUUAUUGAGGAUGAGGUGAGUGGAUAGAGUGGUGCAGGCUACACUGUAAAUAUUGCUGUAUUUUUCAUGUAUUUGUUUUUAAUUUCCCAUUUUGGGCAUCUGGGAAAGCUUGGAAUAAGCAAAGGGUGUUAUAUCCCAGGGCUCUUUAUGUACAUAAACAAUUGGAGGUUUAUUGCCUUGACUUUCCCUGAAACAAGUUCUGGCUCCUCUGAGUUAAAUCUUGGGGGGGGGAAGGGAUCUAAUAAGCUGAGCUGCAGAUUUGGCUUCUAGGAAGCACAUCUAGGUGCCAACAAGAUACCAGGAGGCUGAGAUUUGCCACAACUGGGACAAAUCUUUUUUAAUGGCUUUUGUUCAGUUCACCAGGGUCUGCCAGCUCUGCUCCUUGCCAACAGUAAAUAGUCCGGGAGCAGGGAAUUGGUGAUUAUAUUAAAUUUAAGGCAAUUCAGCAUUGUUUUUCUUGAUUUGGAGUGUGGGGGAGACAUGGCACAACAUCUACGCACAGAAAGGACAGGUUAGGUCAAACACUUCCUCCUUUAUUGUCUGAGCAUGAAACGUGGCAUCACAGGGAAAGAGCCAUAAUUAGGUGCUCAGGGAGAGUUCAUCCUGCCCAUUGGAGUCGAAGUUGUAAACUAAGAGGGCAGAGAUCAAAUGCUUCCACCGAAGGCCAGAGCAAUUUGCUGAGCAAUUUGCUGAGGAGCUUAACUGGAGGGUUAAGUGCCCGUGCGGGGGCAUCAAAUCAGCUGCAGCCUCUUCCUUGCCUUUAGUUUUACUCCUCUUCCAGAAACAGGACACAACCAACGUGUGGGAGGCAUCUCUGCUUCAGCUGGGCAUGGCCUUUUCAAGCUUGAUCAAGUUCAAGAGGUGGGGGACAAAAGCUCCAAAAAGGCACAGCUGUGCUUCUGUGCUGACAGCUGGCCCUGGGUGGGCAAUGUGGCUUCACAUCCUGGGGCUCCGCUCCAGCCUGGCCCCAGGCUGUGCAGAGGGAAAAUCUGCUCAGUCCUCCCCUGCCUCUCCCUCCUGGUGUUGCUUUUACACUCACCUUUCUGAAAGAUCUCAUCUUCCUGAGGCAUUUUGAUUGCUCUAGGUAGACGCUGCCUUUUUUGCCUGCAGCGUCAUCCCUUCCCUGCCCCUGCCCCUGCUGGAGCUGCCUCUUGCACGCUCCACAACGCAGCCAGGCACUGUCCUCUCUUUUAAUUGCUUUUGCCCAUCUCCUGGCUUGCCCUCACAGUAGCUUUAGGGGAUGUGGGGCAGGGGAAGGGCUUGGAAAUAGGGAACAUUUGGAUGCUGAGAGGCAGGGAAGGAGGGUAAGCAGGUACCUUGCUGCUUUGGUGGGAGCAGAUGUGUCAGUGCAGGCACCUGCAUGGAUAUGGACAAUAAUUUCUCUGUCUUUGCAGAGCUAUGGCCUUGAAGUUUGCCUCUUUUAUUCUGUAGGGACCACUGACUGCAGAAAACAGAUGCCAUCUGUCCACCGUGCCUUGUAAAUCAGAUUUUAAUCAUCUCAGGGAGAGGUCUGUCUCCAGCUGAGUGCUGCAAACCAGGUCUGCAGGAGUCACUCUGCAAAAUUUACAUUUCUGAGAUAGGUUAGUGAUUAGGGCUCCAGCUUCAUACCAGGGAGGCUGAAAUCCAAUUUCUUCCCCUCUCACAGAUUUCCUGGCUGUGGUGGAAAAUAGCUUAGGUCAUGCCUGAACUGAUCAGGUAAGCACAGGUCUGUUUCUCACCUCUCAGCUGACCUCCUCCCCAGCAUGCUGAAUCUGCAGCAAAUCUGCAUCCAGCGUGGGCAGAGGGGCUCCCAUAAUGAAAGACACCCCUGAGUCAGGACCAAGAGAAGCACCUCCAAGAUCCAGAUUUGCUCCAUGAAAACUGAAGCCGCAGAUUGCAGAGGGGCUGGUGUUGGAGUCGCUGUCUCCUCCAGCAGUGCCGGAUUCCCAGCAGCUACAGGCUUGCCUGGUGGAUAACAUGUUUGUUCCAAGGGCUGCUGCAGUAGGUUGCAGUGGGCAGUGGGGAGUGGGGGAGAGAGCCAGGGAGGGAAAUGGCACAAGAUCUGACUCUAUCUGGUCUUGGACAGCCCUUACACAGGUCUGUAAGGCAAACAGUGUGUUCCUACAACAAUAAAAGUGUGCUGCCAAGGAUGCUCACAAGCACAGGUGAACUGUCCUUGUCCCUUUUUCCAAAUCAUAA